AAAGAUGCACUGUACUAUAGAUACGUAUAUAGUAUAGUGUAUAUUGGUCUAUAUAAUAUGGUGCGUACGUGACCUACAGGCCAAAAGAGUGAGAGAGACAGCAAGCAAGCUUGCGCAGGAGCACCAAUGCGGUAGGGGGUGGAGAGAAAGACCGAGACAGAAGAUAGUGCUAUGAACGCUGUGCUGCGGCAGCACAGAGUCAGCGGCGGAGUUCAGCAGAGUCCCUGCGAGUGUCGAGUGCGUUUUAGGUACGAAGCAUUGUAGUAUUGUUGAUGCUGUACAAUCCUUGAAUAAAAAAUAUCACGAGUGGUACGUUGCAAGCCCACUGCAGCAUCGCAGCGGGCAAAGAAAUCAUCGUUGACUUUCAGUACAAGGGUUUGUGCUUCUGUGCUUGUGUGUUUCUCAUCAAUUUUCAACGUGCCUGCGCUUGCCUACCUGGCUACCUGCAGUUCACUCGAAAACAAAUUUUAAGUCGCGAAUCACGCUCAAUCGAUGCAUCCAAAAGGAUCUACGCUUGACGUUGAUCUCAAAUAACAAUUUGUAUACUCGUAACUACGCACCUCAAGUGUUGAGGCUACCACCAGCUAUCCGCACUGCAUCUUCAGCCAAAAUCUAAGCCAAGCAAGGCUAUUGUUACUUAUUUGCUGAUAACUAAGGACAAUCUUGCCAACGUUGUGACUAGGGUACACGAAGGAACGAGAGGCCAAACCAAAUCGAUGCCAGGAAAGUUUUAAUCGCAAAUGUUGAAAGAGUCAAAAUUAAGCAGCAGCGUGCACGGCAGUGUGUUCUGAUAUUUCCAAUUAUUUGGUCAGUGGUGAAGAGUCCCCGCAGAACAAACUAUUUUUCAGAAAGAAGGUAAUAGGAGUAAAACAUCUUACUAUGACCUGAAUUUCAAGUGACAAGUUUAAUAAUAUGUAUGGACAAUAUACAUAAUAUACUUCAUGAAAUCUAGAUAAUGUGAUUCCUUUUUACUUAAUUAGAAAAUCCAACAAUAAAAAUGGUUAGUAAUACAUCACACGGAACUCCACGUAUACAGGUCUUUCGACCUACGUAUGAAGAGUUUAAAGAUUUUUCAAAAUAUAUUGCAUAUAUGGAAAGCCAGAAUGCACAUAAAGCUGGUGUUGCAAAAGUGAUUCCACCACCAGAAUGGGUUCCAAGAAAACAGGGUUACAACACAGAUGACAUAAAAUUAACUAUACCAGCACCCAUUUGUCAAGUUGUCACUGGUAAACAAGGACUGUAUCAGCAAAUCAAUAUUCAGAAGAAAUCAAUGACUGUAAAAGAGUAUGAAAAACUUGCUCAUUCUGAGAGAUAUAGAACACCAAAACAUUUUGAUUAUGAAGAUUUAGAAAGAAAAUAUUGGAAAAAUAUUACAUAUGUUGCACCUAUAUAUGGUGCAGAUGUUUCUGGGACAUUGACAGAUCCAGAUGUUAAAGAGUGGAAUAUAAAUAAUCUUGGAACAAUUUUAGAUUAUGUUAAUAAAGAUUAUGGUAUCUCUAUUGAAGGAGUUAACACAGCUUAUUUGUAUUUUGGGAUGUGGAAGACAACCUUUGCAUGGCAUACAGAAGACAUGGAUUUAUAUUCUAUAAAUUACUUACAUUUUGGUGCUCCUAAAACUUGGUAUGCUAUACCUCCAGAACAUGGACGAAGGCUUGAGCGACUGGCUAAUGGAUUUUUCCCCUCAAGCUAUCAAAGUUGCUCUGCAUUUCUUCGUCACAAAAUGUCAUUAAUAUCUCCACCAGUAUUAAAACAAUAUUCAAUUCCUCAUGAUAAGAUUACUCAAGAAGCUGGUGAAAUAAUGAUUACAUUUCCAUAUGGAUAUCAUGCAGGAUUCAAUCAUGGUUUUAAUUGUGCAGAGUCUACAAAUUUUGCUACACCUCGAUGGGUUGAGUAUGGAAAGAGAGCUACACAAUGUACAUGUAGUUCUGAUAUGGUGAAAAUAUCAAUGAAAACUUUUGUUGAACGUUUUCAACCAGAUAGAUAUGAUUUAUGGUUAAGAGGUGAAGAUGUUGGGCCUCAUCCAGAAGAUCCAAGACAAACUGCUGCACCACCACCUACUGCAAUAGACCUUUUGUGUCUUGAGAAACCAGAAGGGUCAGCUCAUUUUAGCGGUGUUAUACCAAAGAACAAAAGACACACUAUUCAUCGUAAAAAAAGUAUCAUCAAUUCUAAUGCAGAAAUGAGUACACCAGAUAUUCCUCCAGACGUUAAAAAAGUUUUACACGAUUUAGAAAUGGAAGAUGGUGAAGUUUUAGAUGAUCAACCUGAUGAACAGCAAUUGGAAGUUUUGGAAGAUAUUUGGUUAAAAGCUGGAGAAAUGGAUUUGACAGAGGCUAAUGUAUAUGAUGAUGGGUACAAUCGCAAGAAAAAUCGUAAAAGAAAACGGAAAUCACAAAAUCAUGCAGAUAAAAGAAAAUCAAAAUUAAAAGUUGCCUCGACGAAAUCGAGUGUUUCAUCAGAUUUAUCAAAAGAAGAACCUGAAUUGAUUAAAGAAGCAUUUUUAAAUACUCCAACCUUAACUUUGCCAGACUUUGCCAUGGAUAGACCCGUAAAAUCUAUUUCAAAUGAUCCCAGUUCAGCAAAGAAAAAAAUAAAGACUAAAUUGCCUAAGAAAGUUAAAGACAAGCCAACAGUACCAAAGGAAGAAUUGUUGAUACCAAAGGAUGAAAAUUUUAUUGAAUUAGUUCCAUGUAUGAAUAUUCCAGAUUUUAAAUCAGAAAGUCCGUCAAAAGAUCCUCUCAGUACUCUAGAUGACAUCAUAACGAGCAAUCCAGAAAUAAAUAAUGACAUAAAUUAUUCCCCUCAAAAUUUGAAUAGCAAAAGUAAAAUCAGAGAAAAAACUCCUAAAAAGAAGAGAUCACCUAAAAUCAAGGAAUCACACAGUUCAAAAGCUUCAAAGAAAAAUAAAUCUAAAACAAGCUUGUCAGUGUUAGAUGUUUCUGAUGUUAAUACUUUAAGGCAACUAGUUAACGGUGGUCCCAUCCAAAAAUCUCACGUUAAGAAUUUGAGUUUCGAUUCAAAUGGAUCAAGCUUUUCUCCAUUAAGCAAAGUACGAAAUAACGAAAUACAUUCAUCGCUUGCUUCUCAUAGUCCUACACAUAAGCAAUUACUUAGCAACAAAAAUGGCGGACGUUCAAAAUCGAAUAAGCCAAAAGGAUCUUCAAAUAUGAAAAAGAAUUUUCUGAAACCUCCAGUUCUCCAAAUAAAGAGUGAUCAACGCGAGGAUAGUAAUAUUCCGAAUUGUAAAACCGAACCGACACUAUCCAGUGAAAUGAGUGCAGUUCUGAAUAAUACAACAUGGCCUAUUAUUUCAAAUGAUUUGUCUAAAUUAAAACCGGUUAACACUUUAUUCAAUGCAGAAACUAACGUUUGUCUAGAUUCUUCUAAUUUUAGUCAAAACAGAAAUUUGAUUCCUCAAAUAGCUAAUCCCUUUCAAGCUAGACAUUCUCUCACUGAUCAACGAAUCAAAUUUGGUCUCAAUAAUAAGGUCCCAAAUUCAACUAUAAGUGGAAAUCACUGGCAGAUUGGAAAUCAAAUGCAUUUCUUCAAUAGCAAUAAAGAUACAUCAAGAAAUUUAGAAUUAAACAAUUCAAUUGGUGCAUUGUCAAAUGGACAAAAAGCUGUUCGGGAUAAUGCUUUUUCCAAUUUUCAAAAUGUCGUUGAAAAGACAAAUGUAGCCAUAGCUAACGUUACUUUAGCUAAGCCGUCUUCAUUAAUGAGGAUUCAUUCUCAAACUGAAAAUAAUUUAGGUAGUCAAUUAUCUCAGUUUGCAGGAGAAAUGAAAUUAUUAAACAGCGACAUUUUAGAAAGUAACGAUACAAAUUCUCAAGUACAAACAUCAUUAGAGAACGCUGUCUCCAAUUUGUUAACCGAAGAAAUAACGUUUAACCAACCAAAAUCUAACACUCAAGUGGACAUGUUGCCACCUCAUUUGUCACGCGAAGGUGUGUCAGUCACAUUAAUUCCCAAAACUAAAUGUACAAGCAUUUUCGGAUCACCGCGUAAACAGGCAACUCCAAGGAAACUAAAAGUGAAUACUCUUAAAACAUCCGAGCAGCAUAAUGAUUCGGAAAUAUCGAUUAUUAAGAAAUCUUUGUCAAUGAUGGAAGACAACAUUAAUCUACAUACAUAUGUUGCAUCAAAAAUUGAAUCUGAGACUAGCUCUGACUGUAGUUUGUCUAUGACAAUGAACGAAGAAUUCAAAGGUGAAUUUGAAGAUGAAAGUACACGCAGUACUUACAGUAUACCAGAACAUAUAAAACCAAUGCUCUUUCCGAGCAUACCAGAUCUCAGUGUUUUACAAGGGUUCAAUCACUAUUGGAGUGCCCACGUACCACACUGUUCCAUUUGCGCGGCGCUAUCGCUACGUAACCACAAAGGCAGUAAGCCAAUGCCUUUUAAUUGGAAAGACAGCAAACCCACAGUAUUACCGGAAACGUCACCUAUAUGGGUGUCGACUGAUCUCUUUGCAGCAACAUCAUUAGUACAGAAAACAAAACCUGAAAUCAACAAGUUGCUAAGAUGUCGGAAUUGUCAAGUGACAGUACAUGCUUCUUGUUAUGGAGUGACAGUACUGCCACCAGAUCUGCAUAACUGGGCUUGUGAUAUUUGUCAUGCUGGCAUGCCAAGCGUUAUGUGUUGUCUAUGUCCAAUACGAGGUGGAGCAUUGAAAAGAACAAGCGAUAGCCAAUGGGUACACGUACUAUGUGCACUUCUGUUGAGCGCAAGAUUCAAGGAUCCUGUAAAUAAAGAGCCGAUAAAUGUGCUGGGUAUCCACAGGCCCGUAGGUGAAGUCCAAUGUUGCCAUUGUGAGCAGUCUACGGGAACGUUUUUAAAGUGCCAUGACAAACAUUGCGAUGCCCUCUUCCAUUCGACAUGUGCCCUCUUGACUGGCGCAACUGUUGCCAAAUCGACGUCCGAGAGAAGUCGAUUAGAGGUGCUGUGUAAUAAACAUGAUAGUCAAGACAAAAUACCCAUCAGGCAAGGAGAAAUGGUUUACGCCAAGCAUAAGAAUACGAGAUACUAUAAAGCCGAAGUUAUUUCCAUAUCAGAUAGCAUUUGCUUUUUCGUAGUCUUUGAGGAUGAAAGUUUUUCAAAUGAUCUCCCGCCAGAAGAUGUAGUUGGUUACGAACCAGGAAAGAUUCCUCCAAUCGGAACAGAAGUAAUGGUCAAUUGGAAAGAAGAAGGUAUCUACCCUGCUACGUUUACUGGAAUUGAUCACAUGAUAACUUACACGGUCUCAUUCGAAGAUGGUUCGACACUUCAAUUGAAACGUAGCGAUAUAUACAGUCUUGAAGAAGAGUUACCUAAAAGAGUGCGAUCACGUUUGUCUACUGCUACGGAAAUGCAGCAUCGAGGACAUCUUUAUGGAAUGAAGAAUGGGAGUGAAAUGAGAAAAGUGAAGCCACCGAAAAGAUUGUCUAUCAAGUGUUUUGAAGCAACUAGCGAAUCGAGACGGUUGGUGACGAUGCGAUUUUAUCAUUUGGCUUUGGAUAAGAUAUUUGUGUGAAUUUUUAAACGAGGAUAUUUAUUUUGUAGUUGAUGCACAGAUCUUUCCUUCGUAAUAAAAUUUAAGAAAAAGGUCUGCCUACGAGCAGUUACACUGUAGAUACAUGUUCGACAUUGCGCGUAAUCGUACGUUUGUAACAAAUUUCUUGGCUUGUAUAUGCAGCGUCAUUUGCGACAGAGAAUAACUGAAUAUUCUAGAUUAAAAUAAAAUGUAGGCUAUGAUGAACAAGUAAGUGAGAUCAUCGAGUACUAAAUAUUAUAAACAAUGUGUGAUUAUUAAAAGUCUAUCUGAUAUUUAAACAAAGAAACAUAGCCUUUGUGUCUUUUUAC